CUCCAGAUCUGCGAGAAAUCAAAUCGUCAUCAAAUUUACUUUUAUAGUUUUAAUCAUUCCAAUUUACAGCUGAUAGCGUCCGAGUUUAAAAGUAUAUUGCACAGGCUUCGAAGAAUUAUUUCUCUUCCGUACACAAGUAUACUCUUUCAUGUCUUGUGUUGGAGGAUCGAAUCCCUGGUCUAUUUUUCCCACAGUUAAGACAAUCCCAAACGUGGGCGUUUUCCGAAGCCGUUCAAAAUGAGUUAAGGAGUUGUUUGAAAACCACCUCGUGAAGAAGCACCAUAUCAGCAAAGGAUUAUGUUGUGUUUAAGAUAGUGUAAUGGCUUGUCCAGGCACAAUACAAUUUGACGGUCACAUUGAUAACCAAUCAGCCACUUACCGACCUAAAUAAUGAAUUGAGGUCGACUAGUUUAUAAUUGAUCUUUGUAAUAAAAUAGGAUGGUUAUUAUUGCUCUUAAUUCUAAAUUAGUGUGAUUGUUUAUUAUUUCACCGGCAUCAAACUGAAAUUAUGGGACAGUUAGAUUCAGAUUCAGAGGCUGAGGACGUCGCGGGAUCGAGCGAUAUGCCAAGGACGUACCGUGAAUCGAUCAGCAUCGAAAGGCCAACUUUCGAGAACAAGGUCUUGGAGGCGGUUGGUCAGUUCGGCCCGUACCAAAGAUGGAUCUUCGCCAUUUUGACCUUGGUCGACAUGCCGGCCGGAAUGAGUAUGUUGUAUUUCAUAUUCGCUAAUGCCAAUCCUGGCACUAGGUGUCGCCUGUAUCAGGAUAAUGUGACGUAUGACAAUAACUUCACGAUAGGUGGCGACAUAGCAUGUGAGGUGAAUGGGUCAAAGUGCAUCGAGUAUGAAUACAGCGAUGAGUACACGUCUAUCAUUACUGAGUGGGACCUCGUCUGCGACUAUAACUUCAUCCCUAAGUUGACCAUCAGUAUUCAGUUCGUCGGCCUGAUCAUUGGAGCAGGGGUUUCUGCCCAGAUCGCUGAUCUGUACGGAAGGAAGAAGGUCAUAGUCACCGUGUGCUGUAUGAUGAUUCUAGCUCAGACGCUGGUUGGAUGCUCAAGCAGCUGGGUAGUUUAUGCUGUCAUGCGAUUUUUCGUUGGACUUUUUGCUGGUGGAGCUCUGUCCCUGUCUUUUGUCAUGCCGAUGGAAUUCGUUGGCCCAAAGUGGCGAGCAUUUUGCGGUCUUCUGGGUUCCUACAGCGUGGGACACGCCCUAAUGUGCCUGGUCGCAUAUUUGACUCGGGAUUGGAGGCAUUUGAGCUUUAUUACUGGGUCACUCUUUGCUCCCUUGCUGCUCGCGAUAAUUUUUUUUGUUCCCGAAAGUCCCCGGUGGCUCAUCCAAAAAGGUCGUUUUGACGAGGCGGAAGCGAUCAUACGAAAGAUAGCCAAGUUCAACAGACGGGACCCACCAGACAUGAGCGUUCUGAAAAGCAUCUGCGUCCUCGAUGAAGAGGAAAGAGAAGCAGCCAGCAAACUCACGUACCUCGACUUAUUCAAGACCAAAGAAUUGGCUAUACGAUCCUUUGUAGUUAUGUUCAUAACGUUUUCGUGCUCCGAGAUGUACUAUGGUAUAAUAGUGGCCAUCAGCACCUACACCGGCAGUGUGUUCCUCAAUGCAUUGAUAUCAGCGCUCACUGUACUGCCUGUAAAUUGGGUGUCCAUACCAAUUACUGAGUGGCUCGGUCGAAAGAAGAUGUUCCUGGUCUCUAUAUGUAUUGGCACCGGUUGUAUGUUUCUCAUCAUCAUCUUGAACGCCACGGGCCACGUGGACAAUCACCCGAAGAUCGUCACAGGAUUGGCUCUGUUUGGCAAGGCAGCAAUGACGUCGACAUGGUCCGUUGUUGGCAUAUGCAUGAUUGAGACCUACCCGACGCUCAUGAGGACUCUUGUGUCAGGCGCCUCGAGCGUAAGUGGCAGAGUAGGGGGAAUGAUAGCGCCCCAGUUUGCCUAUUUGGGUGUGGUCUCGCACUGGAUCAUCCCAUACAUUAUUCACGGGUGUCUCGCCCUUGCAAGUUUGAUCCUCGAACUCAUUUUCCUGCCGGAGACAAACGAUUUACCGCUCCCGGAAUACAACCCCCGGAAGCGCCGAAUGACCAUAUAUGAAGAGGAGACCGCGAUGAGGCAGAUGGUAGAUAGGAAGAAAUCUGAGCUUUGAGAAUAUUCGAGUAUACACUAAGAAAGAAAGAAUAAAUAAAUCAUUUCAUUGUA